UCGGUUUGAUUCUGUGGAACUAUGUCUAUUAAAUGAGCUGCUCAGUGCUGAUCUGGCUCCUGGGCUGCAGUUUGGGGCUCUGGAUCUUUUCCUAGACGGUGUUAAUGAUCUGUUUUGUUUGACCGGUUGUUUGUUUUGGGGGGUGAGACGGAGAGAGUCGUACUUCCCGUUCCGUUCCGGACCUCUAUGGAUCUGUGAUCGCAACAAAGCAGCAAGAUGAGAGACGUUCACCUAAAUAACGAGACGUGCACGAACGGUUCUGUGCUGAGGCUGUGGUGUGGCUCUCAGACUACAGUGUGUUUAAUCACCACAGAUGAAAACCAGGUCCACACACACCUGAAUAACAGCCUGCAAGCUACAGGUAUUCUGGUGUACAGCACCUACAACAUGUGGCUGGGUCUGACUCUGGCACUGAUGUCAGCCUUUCUGAUUGGUGGGAGCGUCAUUCUCAAGAAGAAGGCUCUUCUCCGAUUGGCCAGGAACGGACACACCAGAGCAGGUGACGGAGGUCAUGGCUACCUGAAGGACUGGCUGUGGUGGGGAGGCCUGUUUACCAUGGGAGCAGGAGAGGUCUUUAACUUUGUUGCCUACAUGUUUGCUCCGGCCACAUUGGUGACGCCCCUGGGUGCUCUAAGUGUCCUCAUCAGUGCAGUUCUGUCCUCUCACCUGUUGGGGGAGGUGUUGAAUGUGGUGGGAAAACUCGGCUGUCUGCUGUGUGUGUUGGGGAGCGUUUUGUUGGUUAUUCAUGCCCCACGGGAACAGGAAGUGACAUCACUGCAGGAGAUGACCAGCAAGCUGCUGGAGCCUGGUUUCCUGGUGUACACAGUGGUGGUGUUGGUGCUGUGUGUGGUACUCGUGCUGUAUUUCUGCCCUCGAUCUGGUCAAUCCAACAUCUUGAUCUACAUCAGCAUCUGUUCACUGCUCGGAGCCUUCACCGUGUCGUCCGUGAAGGGCCUCGCCAUCGCCAUCAACACCGUGUUUUCUGAUCUGUCAGUGCUCUCAAAUCCUCUCACCUGGAUCCUGCUCAUCACUCUCAUCGUCUCCAUAGUAACACAGGUGAACUACCUGAACAAGUCUCUGGACACCUUUAACACCCUGCUGGUGUAUCCCAUCUACUACGUCCUCUUCACCUCCGUGGUCCUGUCCACCUCCAUCAUCCUCUUCCAGGAGUGGAAGAGCAUGUCGGCCGUAGACGUCAUCACGGCGCUGGGAGCCUUUCUGGUCAUCGUAGUGGGCGUGGCCAUGCUGCACCUGUUCAGAGACCUGCAGAUUACGUUAAAGCAGCUGACCAAUCAGCUCUCUCAGCCAGUGGAGAGGGAGGGGCUUACAGAGGCGGCUGCAGCCAGAGGACUGAGGAAUAAAAAGGAGGACAAAUUUGGACUGAUGGACAACAUGGUGAUAGACAGUCUGCCUCCUAUGAGGGAGGAGGGGACGAGGGUCUUCAUCAUCAGUUGAAGGGAAAAGGAGGAGAAGGAAGAGGAGGACUGGACUGUUACUGUCAUCUCUAGCACUUAGUUUUUUGGUUUUUUUUGUGUUUUUUUUUUUUUUUUUAAGAUUAGGCCUCUAGUUUGAUGGUGCUGCACUUCUGCCCAGACCUGAAGGUUCUACUUGAACCUGAAGUUUCAGUUCAGACCUGAAGAUUCUGUCUGGACCUUAAGGUUCUGCCCAGAUUUGCAAGUACUGCUCAGACCUGAAGGUUCAGCUCAGCUGCUGAACAGACACACAUCUUCAGAUUUGAACACUUUGUCUGAACCAGGCCUAUUGAGGCUCAGCUGUGUUCUGGUCCAGUGACGGUACCCAGAUUCAGACUGGCUCAGAUCUAUUGAUCUGGGCCAAGUAUUAAAAAAAUAAACCA